AUGCUAUGCUACACUAUGCUAUGCUAUGCUAUGCUAUGCUAUGCUAUGCUAUGCCAUGUUAUGUUAUGUUAUGUUAUGUUAUGUUAUGUUAUGUUAUGUUAUGUUAUGUUAUGUUAUGUUAUGUCAUCGCCUCAUCAAAUGUUGGAGAAACUGUGGAUUAUGAAGCGAAUCAUCGUGACAGUGUUUGGUUCUGGAAAUGUUGGAAAUGUUGGGACAACUAUGCAGCAGAUUCUUAGAUGUGGGAUCCCUGCAACAUGUGUGAGGCUCUAUCUGGGAGAUUUACCUGUAAACAGUAAAUGAGAAGGAUCGUUUGAAAAUUAGGACUUUGGCUGCAAAGACAGAAAUGACAUGAAACGCGCUGUAGAUAAUUGUCUCAGUGUUAUCACAGACCUUUACAUGGGAACAGUGAUGGAUAUGGAGGCUUCCCACACAGGGAACUUCAUGUUCUCUCUUUCAGGAUGUUUUUGGCUGGAGGAUUGGUCCUUUACUGGUCUCCAUGGCAACUGUUUAUUCAUGCUGUUGUUGUUGUUCUUUAAUUUGUUUUGUUCAUUUCUCUGUUUGGAAAAAAAAAGAAUCCAAGAAUAAAAAAUAAACACUUUUAACCACCACAAGUAAAAAGAAAAAUAAGAUGAAAUAAGAUUCAAAUAAAAUAAAGUUUAUCCUGAGGGAAAUCCAGUUUAUUUCAGGUUUAUAAUAACGUUUCUCUCUCACUCAUAAAAUACAGAUUAAAAAUAUAAAUGAAGAAAAUGCAAAGAAAAAAAUAAACCAGAUAGAAAAUAGACGUUGAGAGAGAAAUUUAGUAAGAGAAUAAAAUGAGCCAAUGAACAGCAGAGCAGUGAACAGCUGAUUUCACAGUCUCAGCUGAUCUUUAGGCCACGCCUCCACCAGCUCAUCUUCAGAAACAAGAAUAUUAACCAAGAGACACAUGUGGACCAGUGUUCGUCUUCCCUCCCUUUAUUUAAAAGGAUGAAAACAUUAUCAGCUGAUUGUCUGAAUCCAUGAAUCAGCUGAUCAGAGGCCACCAGCUGAUGGGGCGGAGCCAGGCCCCUGAGGAGGAGGGUCCGGCUCCAGGGAGGGUUUUAAAGGAGGCGCAGGAGGUGGAGCUUAUCAGACACUCAUGAACUCUGCAGAGAAGCCAGGACGAGAGUUUGAGACAGAAGAAGAAGGAGAAAGAGAAGGAGGAGAAGAAGGAGCUCCAUAAACCAGAGGAACCAGUGGAACCAGUGGAACCAGUGGAACCAUGUUCUCCUGGUCUCUUAGCCUGCGUCUCUUUCAGGACCAGCGGAUGAUGAUGUCACACUGGAACAACUCUGAUGUCACAGAGGGCGGAGCUAACAAAGACCCCGGCCAAUCACGGUGCAUCAUGAGCCAGCCAACAGCCAAUGGGAAGCUUCCUCACCAAAGCACAGACGUGGCUGCUCCUCCUCCUCCUCCUCCUCCUCCUCAGGACACUGAGAGCAGUGAUGACUCUUUGACGGACAGCUCCUCCUCCACCAGUGACAGCUCUCGACUCCUCUCCAGCUCCUCCUCUGCUUCGUGUCCAGGUGUCCACAACUCGUCAGCGUCUCCUCCUCCUCCUCCUCAGUCCACCUGUAACAGACACCAUCAUCCUCCUCAUCCUCAGCAUCGUCCGUCAACCACUAAAAGCUCCGCCUCCCUCAAGACAGACGCCGCCCACAUCAAGGAGGUGGCUGGAGACGACUGUUGUGUCCACUGUGUCCUGGCCUGUCUCUUCUGUGAGCUACUGUCCAUGUGUUCUGCGGUGGGGGAGUGUCUGGCGUGUGGAGUGGGCGGGGCCGGCUGCUGCGACGCUGCGAUUGGCUGCUGCUGCUGCGUGGAGGUGGCGGGGGAGGCGGCGUGCACAGAGGAGGCGUGUCAGGCCGUCCUGGAGUGUGGACUCCUGGAGGACUGCUGCGCCUCCUCCGACUGCCUGGAGAUCUGCCUGGAGUGCUGCUCCAUCUGCUUCCCAGCGUAGCGUAGCAUAGCUAGCGUAGCAUAGCGGCCAAUCACAACAUGGUGCACGAUGAUGUCACACACCCGGAUGUGUUCUGGCCCCGCCCCUUGUACCCCUCAUGCUGUUUACUAGCAGCUACCUGGAUUAGCUGUAGCUGGCUCUGAGUAGCAUUCAGUGGACCUAAUAGAACACAUCAGUAUCAGGACACAUGUUCUUCGUCAUGGUUCCUCAUAAACCAGUUCAGAGGGGGGACCGUGUAGACCACAUUAGACCCUGAUUAGACCUGCCUGUUAAUAGACCAGACGCCUACGCCCUGAACAGUUAGCUUUGAAGCAGUUAGCUUGGUGACAGCUAAUGGGGACCUGGAUAAAGAAUGAAGAGGUUCAGUCCAGUUUCCUCCGGUUCAGAUAAACCAGGACCUGGACUCCCAUCGUUACCUUAUAACUGACUAAAUUAGAGUUAGCAUGUGAAGGUAACAGGUAACUAUGCUAGCUAACUUAGCAGUUAAACUGGGCCCGGUUCUUCUGGUACACACAUUCUUCAUGAAGUGAGACUGGGGGGUCGAGGUCUGUGACGUUAAGUGUUUAAGUGUUUUCCGUUCAUGGUGUUAAAAUUAAAAAAGGAAGGAGGAGGGGCGGGGCCUGGGUCGAGGGGGCGGGAUCUGGACAGGAAGUGUGUGUGUUGAAGGACGCCCAAACAGGAAACAGGAAAUCACUGGAAAGACAGCAGCACCUGACCUGUGACCCCGGCUCGCCGACAUCAAAGACCCAAUGUGGAUGAACCUGGACUAGGUCCCCGGCCACUUCAUUAGGUACACCAGACUCUAAUAACUCACAGAGGCAAUGAUCCAUCUGUGUAGAACUACUGAACUCACGUGUUCCUAAUGUUUUGUCAGAGUAGUCGUAGACGGGGCUAAAUAACAGGAACACUUUAAUUCAGUUCAACAGAUGAUCCUCCAGAUGAUCAGCGAUUUGGAUUAGAAUGACUUCACUGGUGUACCUAAUGAAGUGGCAGGGUUCAGUAGAACGACGCCUCCUGCUGAAUCUCUGUGUUUUAUUUGUUCAGUUCUUCUCUGUGGUUUGUUGAUGAAUGAUGACACGUUUGUUUGGUUUUUCGUUCUCGACUUUAUUUCUAUAUAAAAAUGUGAAAACAAGGCAGAUCUAUAUAAACAAACAGGAACUGAAAUCAUAAACGACAAUAAACAGACAAACAAACAAA